UUUAAGUUUCUUUUCUCUUGCUCUUUGCUUGAUGAGUAAUCCCACGCUUACGGACAAUAUCAAAUUUCAUUUUUCUUUUAUAUUGCCGAUACAAUGUUUAUUGAUUUGUCUUACUAUGAGUAUGAGUACGAGUCUGAGUAAUCUCACCACAGAUCAAUCUACACUUCUUGAAUUCAAAAACCAAAUCCUUGAUCCUCAUGAUGUCUUGGCCAAUAAUUGGUCCAAAACUAACUCAGUUUGUCAUUGGGUUGGUAUUUCUUGCACUGCGCGCUAUGGAAGAGUCUCUGUCUUGGAUCUUUCAGGCAUGGGUCUUAAGGGAACUAUUGCUCCACACCUGGGGAAUCUCUCAUUCCUAGUCUCACUUAACUUGAGUGGCAAUAAUUUCCAUGGCUAUCUACCCAAAGAAUUGGCCAAGUUGCGUCGCUUGAAACUCAUUGAUUUGAGUUACAAUGCUUUUAAUGGGGAGAUUCCUUCAUGGUUUGGAGCUUUACAUAAAGUUAAAUACUUGAUCCUCAGCAACAAUACUUUCACAGGUACAAUUCCUCCAACUCUUGCUAACAUGUCAAACUUGGAGACCUUGGACUUGGGAUACAAUUUGAUUCAAGGAGAAAUUCCAUACGAGAUUGGUGAUCUUCAAAAGUUGAAAAUGUUUCAUGCACGAUACAAUCAACUUUCUGGCUCUAUACCUUCAAGCAUGUUCAAUUUAUCGUCACUGAAGUUGAUUUCUUUGACAAAUAAUACUCUAUCUGGUAAAUUAUUAUGUAUGAGCUUGGAUUCAAAUCUUGAGAUACUUAACUUAGGGGUCAAUUAUCUUAGUGGAAAUAUUCCUGAUUGUAUCUCAAAUGCUUCGAAACUCAAAAUUCUAAGUUUGAAUCAAAACUCGUUCUCUGGCCUUAUUCCGAAUACACUUGGCAAUUUCAAUUUCCUUGAGGAGCUACGCCUUUGGUCGAAUCAUUUAACCACAAAAACUCCAAAUCAUGAGUGGAGCUUCCUUUCUUCUUUGGCAAACUGCAAGAAUCUAAGUGUCUUACAGAUAUCAUCAAACUUAUUAAAUGGCAUUCUUCCAACUUCUAUCUCAAAUCUCUCUACAUCACUUCAAGAUUUGCGUGUCAUGGAUUGCAAAAUUAAAGGUACCAUUCCUAUGGAAAUCGGUAGCUUAAGCAACAUUAGAGUUUUGGUGCUUGCUCAAAAUGAAUUGAGGGGAUCUAUUCCAAGAAGUAUUGGAAAUUUAACUAGACUUGAAGAAUUAGUUCUGGAUUGUAACAAUUUGGAAGGUGAAAUCCCUAGUGAGAUUGGGAAUCUUAUUUCAUUGGAGAUAUUUUAUGCAGCUGGUAUGCACCUAAGUGGACAGAUUCCACCUUCCAUCUUCAACAUUUCUUCAUUGAAAAAUAUUGGUGUCCAAAAUAAUAGCCUAUCUGGUAAAUUACCAUGCAUGAGUUCGGAUUCAAAUCUUAAGGUGCUUCGGCUAUGGGGUAAUCAUCUCAGUGGAAAUAUUCCAAGAAGUAUUGGGAAUUUAACUAGACUUGAAGACUUAGAACUGGAUUAUAAUAGUUUGGAAGGUGAAAUACCAAGCGAGAUUGGAAAUCUUAUUAAAUUGGAGAUAUUUUAUGCCGCUGAUAUGCACCUAAGUGGACAGAUUCCACCUUCCAUCUUCAACAUUUCUUCAUUGAAAAAUAUUGGUGUCCAAAACAAUAGCCUAUCUGGUAAAUUGCCAUGUAUGAGCUUGGAUUCAAAUCUUGAGGUGCUUCGACUAUGGGGUAAUUAUCUUAGUGGAAAUAUUCCUGAUUGUAUCUCUAAUGCUUGGAAGCUCAAAAUUCUAAGCUUGAAUCAAAACUCGUUCUCUGGCCUUAUUCCAAGAAGUAUUGGAAAUUUAACUUGGCUUAAAGAAUUAUAUUUGGGAGAAAAUAGUUUGGAAGGCUCCUUUUUUUCUGUUUUUGUAGGUGAAAUACCAAGCGAGAUUGGAAAUCUUAUUAAAUUGGAGGUAUUUUAUGCCUCUCAUAUGCACCUAAGUGGGCAGAUUCCACCUUCCAUCUUCAAUAUUUCUUCAUUGAAAGAAAUUUUGCUCCAAAACAAUAGUCUAUCUGGCAAUCUACUCAACAACAUUUAAUUCCAUUUUUUAAUGUAGUUUAUUUUAAGAGUAGAAAAUAAGCUAGUCCUCC